CAACCGUGUAAACAAACCGGGUAACGAGAUCGCGUACACGUUCAUCUAAGCAUGAACUAAUCGCGAUUAAAUACUCGCAGUACAAUUAAAACACACUCUCUUCUGGUGGCAUCAUGACGGACGAUAAAGCCGUCCCCAGGACGGACUACAAGCUGGAGUCCGAUUCGGAGCUGCGGUUUGAAAUAGAAAACAAAAACGAAAAAGUCACUGUUGUGCUGCUCAAUGGACAAGCGGAACUGUUCGGGACCGAGCUGGUGGUAAAAAAGCCGUACGAGUUCGUUACCGGUGCCAAGGUAGCGAUCUUUACCUACCACGGCUGUACGAUCGAGCUGCGCGGCAAGCCGGACGUGGCGUACGUUGCCAAAGAAACUCCCAUGGUUAUGUACCUGAAUGCUAACUCUGCUCUGGAGCAUCUGCGCAACAAAGCCGAACAGGAGGACGCACAGGGACCAAUCGUGAUGGUAGUGGGCCCCACCGAUGUCGGAAAGACCACGCUGUGCCGCAUAUUCUUGAACUAUGCAGUGCGGCUGGGUAGACGCCCGAUAUUCGUCGACUUGGAUGUGGGUCAGGGAGGAAUCGCCAUACCCGGCACCAUCGGUGCGUUACUCGUCGAGCGACCUGCGCCGGUAGCGGAAGGCUUCUCGCAACAGGCCCCUCUCGUCUACCACUACGGCCAUAGUACACCGUCGGCGAACAGUACGUUCUAUGAUGUGCUGAUUUCGAAGCUGGCCGAAACGACGCUGGAACGGUUGCAGGCGAACAAAAAGGCCAAAUCGUCCGGAAUGAUAAUCAACACCUGCGGCUGGGUGAAAGGUUCCGGCUACUCGCACAUCCUGCACACCGUCGAAGCAUUCGAAGUGACCGCUAUCUUUGUGCUCGACCAGGAGCGCCUGUACAACGAAUUGCUGCGGGAUGUCAAGGGCACCGUGCAGGUUGUGUUUCUGCCGAAAAGCGGUGGCGUUGUGGAGCGCACCAAAUCGCAGCGCACCGAGGCAAGAGAUCAGCGCAUUAGAGAAUAUUUCUACGGCUCCAAAAUGCCCCUAUUCCCGCAUAGCUUCGAUGUAAAGUUUUCGGAUAUAAAAAUAUUUAAGGUUGGCUCACCGCCACUGCCGGAUUCGUGCCUGCCGCUGGGCAUGAAGGCGGAAGACAACUAUACCAAGCUGGUCGCAGUACAGCCCGGUCCGCAGCUGUUGCACCACAUCCUGGCGGUCAGCUUUGCCGAGAGCACGGACGAGAAUGUGAUACAGACAAACGUGGCCGGUUUUAUCUGUGUUACCAACGUCAACAUGGACAAGCAGGUACUGACGGUGUUAUCUCCUCAGCCGCGGCCUCUCCCGCAAACGAUACUUCUCGUUUCUGAUCUUCAGUUCAUGGACAGUCAUUAGAUGUGACGACGAAAAGCGUCAGGAAAUACAUUUCAUUCAUUUAACUACCGUA